AUCUAGCGGUGAGGUUGCAAAUUGCAACCAACGGCUCACUCCACCCCUCCCUUUUGAAGCACUACGGAGGCUGACACAGCACUAAGAUGUCAUCAGGUUUUCGCUUCUUUGCCGAAAGAGAUAACGUAUUAAUGAAACGCGAUCUGUAGAGCAGUUGGUCUGUUUAGGGCUACUGUAGAAACAACAUGGCGAAUUGCAUGUAAGGGGACCCGCGCUGUAUGAAGAUAGAAAUAGCUGAUUCUAAGGUAAUAAAAACAUAACACUUCAUUAUGUAAGGUCUUUAAACACCUCUGAAGACAUAGUUAUGUAUAUUAUAUUGUAUUUCUGUCAAAAGAGCCUCCAAAAAUUACACACUGGACCUUUAAGUACUGUGAAUGCAUUUUAAUAUCAGUGCAAUGAAAUUAGGCCUUUGUCUUCAUUUGAUGCCAAGCCCUUUUGUCUCCUUUUAUUUAUGCAAAGGAAGAGGAAAGUGGGUAAUUUUGAAUGUCAAAUAUGUCUGUGCAAAAAAUAAACAACUGGAUUAGAACACGGGAGGACUGUGGACAAAGGGUUUUUGUAAUGGUACAACAUAAAAUCUGUUUAUCAUAUAUAGUUAAUUUGUUAUCCAUAUAAAUUCUGGCCUGGGUAUAUCAACUAUUUUUGUAAGGAAACAGUGAAGCCUCUCUGCAGAUGAUGGGAUCAUAUGUUAUUCCUUCUAAGAAUUUAUAUUUGGCGAGAAUCUUAUGAUGUUAGUAAAUGUUGAACAUUUACAAACUUUUAUUCAAAACGUCUCAGUCGCUCGCGCACAGUAUACAUUUCAACAGUUUGUGUGUUUCCUUGAAAUUAGACACGGGAGCAAUAUGAGACUUGUUGUUUUUGAGAGACAGAUCUCUUCUGCAUCUUAUGCAAAUUCACCAAGGGACAAGAAAAUGAUUUUUGAAUGUCAAAUAUCCCCUUUCUGAAUGUUUCGAAAACCACAGCUAUUUCACUCCAGGCAGAGGAAGAGUUAUGGUCAAGAUUUAGGGUAGAGCUCAUUACCAGCUCAAACCAGUUUGACCCAGCACAAGGAGCUGUGUGGCCAGAAUAGGCAGUCAUGUUGGCUGUUCUGUUGACCAUUUUCAUGUUUAGCCAAGGGCUUUCAUUGGAGGAUCAAGGGAGGACUUUCAUCACGGCAUUCCCAGAGAACAUUGCCUAUUUUCAUCAGAAGGUCCUCAACUAUCUCAAAAUCACGUGCCUCCUCGAUUACACUGAGGUCACGAUCACUUACGUAGGUGAAGUGGAUGAAGGCAUCAGCACCAGAAGAGUCCUCGACAAAGCUGGGGUCACUUGGACCUGGAGCCUUACAAAGGAAGUUGAAGUAUCCCAGUUUAAAACAUCCAAUAAGUCUAUUUUAAUCAGCAGCAACCAAAAUGUCACAGUGCUUUCCAUGAGCGGGUGGCCUGGGAGGUUUCUGUCUCAUGUUGUCCAGCCCAUUGGAAACCUCGGAACGGUGUAUCAUGUCCCCACUCUGAAUUACACCAAGCUAGUUGCAUCGUUCGACUUAAUGUUGAACCCAGACACGAGAUAUAAUUCGUUCAGGCUGCUCAUAAUCAACGCAGCGAACCAAUCCAAUAAAGUCACCAUCAAACAAGUCAACAAGCAAGGUGGGAGAAGUGAAUUUAACCAAACUUUAGAUAAGUACAACCUUUUCCAGUUGCCGACAUACGGUGAGGUUACAGAAAUAAAUGCGACGGAGAAAAUAGCUGUGAUGUUUACCCAUCCGUGCUUUGACUCCAGAAGUUGCUCAUGCAACAUGGUGCUGAACCAGCUUCGCCCCACAAAAUUGGUCAACCUGUCAAGCAGGUUCUACAUACCCUUUCAUGCAUCAUACCCUACAACUUCAAUCAAACAGCUGUUUUUGACAACAAAUCAACUCAACAUAUCAGUUGUUAAUGGUACUUUUCAGAAUGCUGGCUUUGAAGUCAAUGUGAUUAAUUCUACUGACAUUUUGCCCUUACUCCCAGGUUUCAAUAAGCCAUCUCAAUUGAUUACCAUCAGCAAGACUGUUUCCCUCACCUUAAUAAGCCCUGGACUCAUUUUAGACCUCAUUCCAGAAAGCUUGUUUGCUGGCUGCUACUUGGUACAUUUUAAUUCCUUAAACAGUGAGGCCUUAGUGCUUGCACAGACAUCCAGCACUGAUUCUGUGCGGAUGAAUGCCGCAGGUUUGCCCCAUACUACUAAGUGGACUGUUGUGAACGGCACACGAUUCUCCUGGACGAUCGUGAGGGGCAAUGCUGCAGAUACCUCAGCCACUAUUUGGCAUACUGACUCGAUGAUUGGUGUUUACGUGAUUGAAAAGUUGGAGUACAAUAUUUAUGGAAGGGCAGCUAUAGUCUUAAGCGACGAACCAGAUCCUAAAGGCUGUGUGGUGACUCCCGGGACAUUUGUGAUUGGCGAUGAGGAAUUGAAUUGGUUUUGGUCCCGUAAGUACUGCCAAGUUCAUUCGGAUCACUUUGCCAGGCCCUUCCAUGAACAGUUCCAGAACAAGAUGGUCUUAAACAUAACAGUCCCAACACCCGUCGAAGGCUGGAUCAGUCUGCGCCGAGACCUGCUUACCAGAGAAUGGUACUGGAGGAGCGAAGAUAACUUUUCUCCCCAAGUGAAUUUCACUUACUGGGAACAGGGACAGCCUGAUGUACCUGAGAAAGGUUUGUGCGCUUCCGUGUCGUUGGACCCUGCGAAGACCUUUAAGUGGAAGAGUGCGCGCUGUUGCUCUAAAAAGAAACCCGUCUGCUAUAACAACCCUAAGUAUCUCAUGCUAUAAAAAACGUUGUGGAAAAAACCUUCAGGAAAUUCAAAAUCUACUAUUUGGCAGUUAAAAAACAAGCAGUUGCUUUAUUUAAAUAUUUUAAUAUUUUAAUUGUGGAUAAUAGAAUAAUGUAAAUACUCUGAAUG